CUUUGUGAUCGUUGUGCUCGUUUCCGUCUUCACUGCAUAGCCGCUAGCGGAUCCGAAAUUAUCUACUGCAUGUCUUCUUCAUUUGGUGGCUCAGCAAUAUGCCCGCGAUGCGACAAGACAGUCUAUCAGGCUGAACAAAUCAUGGGUCCAGGUCGCAAGGUUCCUCUUCAUGAUCUUCUCGUAGAACUAGAGCUCAUAGACUUUAGUUCUACCACAAGGUACAUUACGGCUCACCGGCCGUCCGUAGAUCUGAACGAAAGUUUAGCCUUGCUUAUCUUGUAUGACCUGCAAAAAGCGACUGGACUCAUUGUCGCUUCUAGAGCACGAUCAAGAGCCUUACUGGUGUGUUCCUGCGUUUCAGCGCAUUUAGACCAACCUGACGAGGCCAGCAAAUCCUGUCAUUCCAAGAAUUUCGGAACACACAAUCCUGGCCACCGUAACGUUGACCCACUGCUUACGCCUCCCCGCAAGGUACCCAUAGGCGUGACAUUAUCCGAAAGUCCGAAAAGCACCGCUCUUGAGACUUCUCCAGUCAAUGCGGUGGCGGAACGAUAUGCAACUGCAGCAGCAAUCCAGCGACGUCACAUGACAGGUGACGGUAUCGACUCUACCUCACCACGACCAAUCCCUCGCUCCUUGACAGGCGGUUCACCUUCUCCCAGAAGGACAUUUGGGGUGGACAAUCCAAAGUGUGCAAGGUGUACCAAAGCUGUCUAUUUUGCCGAGCAAGUGAAAGCCGUUGGCAAGAUAUUCCACAAGGGCUGUCUCCGAUGUGUUGAAUGCAACACCCUGCUCGAUUCGAAUCGUCUCAGAGAUCACGACGGUGAGCCGUUGUGUGCUAGUUGUCAUACCAAACUUCAUGGACCGCAAGGGCUGCGAAAGUAG